AUGUCCAGCGAAAGAUGGUCCUUGGUCCAUACCUUUCGCAACGAAGAUGACAAGGAGACGGUGCGGACGCUGUCGUGGGGUUCCCCCGACGAGUUGCUUCUGGGCAAUUCAUCCCUCAGCCUUUGGUUUUUGAACGACACCCCGCGUCGCAUAUGGAAACAGAAGCUCGCGAACCCCGCGAAAUUUGCGCAGUUCUCUCCAGACGCCACGUUGGUGGUUACGACGGGACACUACGAUCGCAUGGUCAAGGUGUGGCGGCGGUUGUCGUUCGGUGCCGAUGAUGUGCGGUUCGAGGUGUCGUAUCUCCCUCAUCCAUCCAUUGUGACUGGGAUGCAUUGGCGCAAACCGCACCACCGCGAGCAAUCAAUGGACAAUGCGUUCUACACUUGGUGCGCGGACAACAAGAUCAGAGUAUGGGCGACGGUGGAUCAUCAUGCGCCAUCUGCCUUGCAACUGUGGACGCAGCUCGAUAUGUCUGCCUCUGUUCAGCCCCGACAUACAUCGGGCGGAAAGGAUAUGUCGCGCCGUUACGGAUUUGUGGUCGACAGCCGGGAUUUCUGCUUCGCUACUGAACGAGCUGUGCAACGAAGUACUGGGAACAAGGGAAAUCAUGCUCUGGAGCACAUUAUCGAAGUCGCAAACAAGACUCCUGAAAUCUGUGUUAUGAUCGAUGACCAGGGUCACAUGUCUGCCUGGGCGUUGGAAGACGUUGGCUCCAGGGCCAAGUCAGAUUUGAACGUCUUUAACAUCCUCCACGUCGAAGGUCUUACUUUCUCCUUCAUGCCUGGCGUCUCCACGAAGGAAGAUUAUGCUCAAAUGUGCGCAUUCCAGAGUGCUGACAACAGUGACUCGCUUUCUAUCCUUGUGCACCACUUUGAUGGCCGGAUUGAAUGGUUUGACUCCCAGGUUGAUGUCUUAUUCGACCCAGCUCCCCGAAAACAUCGGAUAGUAAGAAAGGCAUCAUGGACUGGACACACUGCUCCCAUCAAGAAGAUUGUUCGCAACGCCAUUGGAAAUACCCUUGUUUCGCGCACAGAUGACAACCAAGCGCUGAUCUGGAGCCAGCGACGGAAAAGUGUUGGGUCUGCACUCGUCCGCAAGAGUUCAUUGUAUUCAGACGAACAUAUCCACCGUAGCUGUGUUAUUGAAGGUGGGGACUUUUUGGUCAAUCUGCAUCAUAAUGGGAUAUCCGUCUGGGACCUUCGCUACUUUCACGCCAGAAAGCUUGCUUCCACGACUUUUCAGCUCUCGAGCAAACCGCUUUGUGUUCUGCCUAUACCAACCCCUGACAUUACCCCAGAAAUGGUAUAUGUAGCAACAAUUGGGGCUGGCAGGAACGGAAUUGCCUGGGAGAUCCGAUUGCCAACUGUGAAAACCCAAACCAACGGGGCGACCGAUGAACCGCAAUGCUCAAUUCGAAAGUUCUGCACUUUCGAUCUGGGAAUCAAGGAGGACAUGUCUUAUAUCUUGCCUGUUGACCCUGCGGGGCCUAAAGCAGAGAUGUCCGGAUUUUUCGAUCAGUUUUCCCCAGAUAUAGCGCUGUCUUAUACGGGAAAUGGUAUCAUCCAUACUUGGACAGCCAAGGUUGACAGGGAGAACAGCCACGUUGAAUGGUUAUUAACCUCUACCGUCGAGACUGGCAUUGAGAACCCUUCUCUUGCUAGUGGCAGCUCCAUCAGGAAAGCUGCCCUCGUUGAUGAAGAUCGUACUCGCUUGACAAUUUGGGACACCAGCGGUGCUCAGCUCGAAUUUGAAGAGCAUUUCUCUCAACAAGAUGUUAUUCGCGACCUGGACUGGACUUCCACUCCUGAUAACCAGUCAAUUCUGGCCGUGGGAUUCCCACAUAAAGUCAUUCUCCUCUCACAGCUUCGAUAUGACUAUCUUGACUCGAGACCGUCGUGGACGCAGAUUCGAGAAAUUUGGAUCCGAGACCUCACGCCUCAUCCGAUCGGGGACUCCUGCUGGCUUAGCGACGGAAAUCUCGUCAUCGGCGCCGGCAAUCAGCUGUUUGUAUACGACAAUGAGAUCGAGACCACUGAUCGUUUAGUGUCCCAGCUUCGCAUUCCGUCUCGCGGUCAUACUACUGUAAGCCUUUACGAGGUCGUCAUGCGGUUGAAUGGACCCUUGCCAGUUUUCCAUCCCCAAUUCUUGGCCCAGUGCAUUCUCAGUGGCAAGACGAACGUGGUGCAUUCGGUCCUGAUGAACCUGCACCGCAAACUCAAGUUUCAUACAGAAGGCGACGAUAUUGAUGGUUUCUUGGACAUGCCGCUGGAGGACUUUUAUAUUGACCAUGACAUACCUCAAAAAGCAACCAACAAGGAGCUACAUUCUUCAUACGCGGAUCUCAGCCUGGAAGAUGAAACGUUCGUCGUGGAUGAGAAUACGGCGGCUGCGCUGAAUGAAAACCUGGCUCGGUUUACUUUACCGCAACUUUCUAGCCAUGAACAGUUUCGCCUAGCUGAUACCAUUGAGUGCGUUGCUACCGUCGAGAAGCAUCGGCGCUCGAUGGAUGAUAAUGCUGCUCGAUAUCUUCUCUUCUUCCGUCAACACAUGUUACGGAGAAGCCAGGGUAUUGCGAACAAGGAUACUGUCUCUUGGAGAGAGAUCGUAUGGGCUUUCCAUAGCGCAAGCCAAGACAUUCUUAUCGAUCUCGUGUCGAGGCAAUUUGGGGGUAAGAUGCUUUGGGAAUCAGCCCGGGAGAGUGGGAUAUUCAUGUGGUUAUCCGAUGCUACAGCCAUACGAGCUCAACUGGAAGUGGUUGCACGGAACGAGUAUACGAAGACAGAAGAGAAGAACCCAAUCGACUGCACUUUGUAUUACCUCGCCCUUAAAAAGAAGAACGUCCUCCAGGGACUGUGGCGUAUGGCGCAUUGGCAUCGCGAACAAGGAGCUACCCAGCGGUUACUGGCAAAUGACUUCACAGAAGCGCGAUGGAAAACAUCUGCUAUGAAAAAUGCGUAUGCUUUGCUUGGAAAGCGGAGAUUUGAAUAUGCGGCAGCGUUUUUCCUCCUUGCGGAUCGGCUGCACGAUGCUGCUAUGGUUUGUUUGAACCAGGUCGGUGAUAUUCAGCUUGCAAUUGCCAUCACACGCGCCUAUGAAGGCGAUGAUGGUCCUGUUCUGAAGGAAAUCCUUGAAGAGAGAGUCCUGCCUGAAGCUGCUGCGGAUGGAAACCGAUGGAUGGCUUCAUGGGCCUUUUGGAUGCUUGGUCGUCGUGACAUGGCCGUGCGUUCAUUGAUUUCUCCAGUUGAGGCACUUGUUGCGUCGACUCCAUCUUCCCCGGCAAGCCCAGGAAUGGUUUCGCUCCAUGCUAAGUCGUAUCUGUCCAAUGACCCAGCGUUGGUAGUGUUGUACAAGCAGCUGCGCGAGAAGACUCUACAGACGCUCAAGGGUGCGUCUCAAGUAUCGGCCCGAUCAGAAUGGGAGUUCAUCGUGCGCAACGCUCGACUGUACGACCGGAUGGGUUGUGACCUUCUCGCCCUGGACUUGGUCCGCCACUGGGAGUUUCUGGUUGGCCUUUCCUCUCCACAUGCAGUGCAUGAUGCAAAGAUCGAUCUACACGAGAAUGGCGUCGAUUAUAGGAAGAUGCUUCGAAGACGGAGCAGUCUCGUGGUGGCCGAUAUGCCGAUCAAGACCGGUGUCCUACAGCCCCCCGAGACCCCUGCUUCACCGCAGAAAUCCAAGCCUCCGCCAACUAUGUUUCACGAGCCGGAUGCCAAGUCAUUGCUGGACAGUUUUGGAUUCUAG